AUCACCGAGAAGCUGUGAAGCAGCUAUCACCACUUGUCGCUAUCGGUGUUUACGUCUCACAGCUACAAUCUAUCAUAGCACCACCCACUCGUCUCGGGCAUCAGCGACCUCGAGCUCCGACAUCCCAGACCAAGGCAUAGAUCGGCAUAUCAAGCUUCCUUUUGAUGGCCAGCGCUGCACCCAUCCAGAACAGGCCAUAUCGCUCGCACAAAGUACCGGCCUGUACAAGAUGUCGUUCGCGAAAGAUUCGUUGUCACAUCGAUAUUCCCGGAGAACCAUGCCUAUCUUGCCGAGAAAGACGACUGAAAUGUCAAUACAUAGAGGGCUCAACUACCAGCUCCCCCACAGAAGAGGGGGGUGAUCGAAAAAUUUCCAAGCGCCGGCGACAUAGCGAGCCUGAAGAUGGCCCUUCUCGACCCCGCUCAGCACCCAUCUUGCACAAAACCACCAACAAUCCUUCCGCCUCCAUUAUGCUUGCACCACAUUUUGCCGAAGAUAUUGACAUCUUUAAUCGACACAUAUCGCAGCAUCGGAAAGCAGGCGGUGAAACAGAAUCAUCUAGCUACCAGACCCUUCUCCACGAUGCUAAAGACCCGGUGGUAUACCUUACUGUGCCAAGAUUCCGGGCUGGCUUGCCGCCCAACAGUGGCUGUGGAAGGGAGCAACUGGAAAUCGUGGAGCAAAUCAUGGGCCCCUUCAAGCGAGAAGUCGUCGAGCUGUACUUCAAUCAGAUCCACUAUCAUUUUCCCAUUCUAGACGAUGAGAUGUGUGAAACCCUACGGACGGGCCAAUACGCUAGAGUGCCAAACAACUUGAUGUGCGUCAUCUAUGCGCUUGCUUCGCCACAUUGGACAAAGUCAGACACUCUCAAGAUGCAUCCCAAACCAAACUCGUAUUAUGUAUGGAACAAGGGUAUUGCAGCGACGCUCGAGGAUUUUCUCAGCCCUGGCAUGUCUACCAUCCAGGCUGCCGUUCUCGAUCAGGUCGGGCGUCCUUCCGUCUCCAUUAUUGGCAACAUCACUCUGUGUGGACGCACAGUGUCGUUGGCUCAGACUUUUGGGCUUCACAGAGACCCGACAAAAUGGAGUCUGACAGAAAACGAAAAGUCGUUACGAAUGCGGCUCUGGUGGUGUGUCCUCAUCACCGACCAAUGGUCCAGUGUCGCAUAUGGUGCGCCUCCCUAUGUUUCAAAAGGAUAUUACGACGUUCCCCGGCCAACGGUCGGAUCGCUCAUUGGUAGUAAGGCGAACGCUCAGCAGAAACAAGCAACUGCAUGCUUUAUACAUCUGUGCGGACUCACUGAACUGCUUGCGGAAAUUCUUCCUUUUGUUUACCAAAUCAACCCAGACCGACUGCAGCUUGCGCGUGAAAUCGAUCGCUUCAAGCACGAGCUCAACGACUUGGAAGCACAACUUCCCCAAUGGCAUCCUCUGCCGAACCGGCCAGGAACACCUAUGCUUUGGCUCUCUUUUCUCUCGAUCCGACUUGUACUUGCUCGCGUAAUCUUCCGCGCAGCUGUCCUCGACGGAGAUGGCAGCAUUGGGCGUAACCGGAUGGACCAGCUGCGUAGUGCGUCGUCGGCUGUUCUUGACUUUAUACUUACCAUGAAGGAAGCCCAGUUUCUCGAUUUCUGGUUACCUUAUGCUACACAUCUUUUGGUACAUGCCAUUACCGUGUCGCUACGGUGCACUGUGGAGACACAAGAUCCAGAGAUACGGAAUACAUCCGUUGCGCGACUCGAGCGUGUCAUCACGCAUAUACAGCACGCACGAGAUAACUAUGACUGGGACAUUGCAAACUACUGUUUGGAAAGAUGCGCCGAUCCGGUGUCGAAAAUUGCGUCGCUCAACGCACGAGAAUUACCACAACCGCCUGAGACUGAGCUUACAAAUGUUGUUGUCAAUGGCAACAGUGGAACUGAGAUACAGUCCAUGCCUAACUUUGACGAUGCCUCAUUCUUGCUCUCUGAUAUUCUGGACCCAAACGCUUUUGACUUUUCCUGGGAUGCCUUGUGGGACACCCCGUCUGGCAUGACUAAUUUUUCAAUUUGA